CUCCUCUCCUCUACCCGUCUUCUGUUCCUCCUCUCUCCUCCUCUCCUCUACCCGUCUUCUGUUCCUCCUCUCCUCCUCCUCUCCUCUACCCGUCUUCUGUUCCUCCUCUCCUCCUCCUUCCCUCUGCCCAUCCUGGAGAUCACCAAGACGUUAGAGUUAGGUUAGGCUGUCCUUGCCUAAGAAAGACAGAUGUACAAACACACUAGACUGCAGGACCUGUUAUCAUGGUCAACCACUGUGCCUUACACUAUGUCAUUACUUUAAUCUCUCAGAUCAAUGUGAUUUAAAUGUUUACUUUUAAAGUUCCCUAUUAAUAUCUUAGAAAUUGACAUUUUUGAUGGGUGAGUUUGGUUAGGAGAUAAGUAAAGAUAUACAUUUGAAUAUAACUAUGGAUAAUGUUCAACCCUGUUAUGGUUGUGUAUAAACAGUUAGUGGGGUUUUUUAUAGUGCCAUUUUGUGGUGUUUCAAGAAUAUGCCAGAUCUCUCUUUCUACAUAUCCUGUAUGACCGAAGAUAUUUGAAGGUAUUAGACAACAUAUUUAGACUGAGGAGACAUGCAAAGAAUGUAUCAUUGAUUGAUACAUACUUGUCAUUCCUCCCAUGUCGUGCUUUUAUUCGUGUUAUCAAGGGUGUUUUCCAACAUAGAAGAAGAUUGGUUGUAAAUGUUCAUGUUUGAGGUACUACAAACUAUUUUUUUAUAAAUCCAUACAUUGGUCUCCUCUUGUCUUAAAUAUGUAAAUGAUUUGAAAAUGACUUCUAAAGAGUUCAUGUGUGAGAUAUAGAGGUUGAAUGAUAUGUCAGUGUGUGUGUGUGUGUGUGUGUGUGUGUGUGUGUGUGUGUGUGUGUGUGUGUGUGUGUGUGUGUGUGUGUGUGUGUGUGUGUGUGUGUGUGUGUGUGUUUGUGUUUAUGUAUGCUAGGUUGUAUGCAUCCUUGUGCAUACAUGUGUGCGUACCUGCGUUUGUGUGUGUGUCAAUUGCAUUGUGUGUGUGUGUGUGUGUGUGUGUGUGUGUGUGUGUGUGUGUGUGUGUGUGUGUGUGUGUGUGUUGUGUGUGUGUGUGUGUGUGUGUGUUUUUUUUAGCGCCAGCGAACCAGGGGUGUUUAAAACUGCACCCAGGUGUUUAAAGAGAGCAGGACUCAUAAAUCCAUAGAGUCAUCCUGGGUUACACCUAUAUGAGAGAGAGAGAGAGAGACGGGGAGAGAGAGAGAGCGAGGGGGACGGGGAGAGAGAGUGAGGGGGACGGGGAGAGAGAGAGAGAGGAGAAACAGAGCAAGAGAGAGGUAAAGGGGACAAAGAGGAAGAAGGAAAGGGGUCAGAGGACAGAGAGAAGGAAAGAGAAUAGAGGACAGCAGUUGAAGGAAAGAAGAAGACGGACACAACAAAACGCCUAUGAAGAGCUCUGGAAUGAAACACUAGAAGGGGCCCCAGUUACUCUAUUGGAACACCCCAACAUUGACCUUUUGAGAGGUACCAACAAUGACCAUCCACCGUGCCAGCUGAGAACGCAAGACAAACUAGCCUCUGGAUACAGUCUGAGAGCUUCUGAAUCACCACAAACUGACCAACGACAACACACUGUCAACUCAGGACAUCAAGCUACUCCCAAUCCCAAGUCACCGGUGCGGUUCAAGUCCACUAGAAACUGAAGCGUCUGUCUGUUUUUCUGUAUCGCCUGGGCUUCGUCCGGUACCCGCGGGAAGGAAAGGAUCAUGGGGGCUUGGAGGAGCUGGAGCGGGGACGUGGAAACAUCGGGAGAUAAGAGACACUCGAUGAGGUGGACUUGUCAGCCAUGUCCUGGUUCACCUUAAAGCUGCAGGUUAACAGUCGUAGUGGAACUGAAGCCACUGUUGAAGCAUCACUACACACGGCCUGUUUUCCUAUUGGAUUUAGAUUCAAUUUAGAUAAAGAGUCAGAAGGCCAAAGACGAUUUAUGUGUUUUCAAGUCAAAUGUUACUUGUCACAUACACAGUUUCCAGCAGGUUUAAAAGGUGCAGUGACAUGCUGACGUGCUAUCUCCCUCAACAAUGCAGAACAGCGUGCUAUCUCCCUCAACAAUGCAGAACAGCGUGCUAUCUCCCUCAACAAUGCAGAACAACGUGCUAUCUCCCUCAACAAUGCAGAACAACGUGCUAUCUCCCUCAACAAUGCAGAACAGUUGUUGUUUUUGUCUGGUUCUGUCUGUUUUUCACUGGAUCUUAUGCAGUGCUGAAAGUCGCCUCACAUUCUUAAUGAUUCUCUAUUCACUCCAACAUGGAGCACUUUAAAAUCCGUUUGGAAUCCAUAAGCAACUGUUUAAAAUCUUUCUGAAUACUAAUAGUAAUAACAGUUUAUCCCAGUAAAGUGAUCACUUCAUUGUAGGGACGUGCUGGCCUUAUUUAUGAACUCAAACCUUUCCCCAACAAUGAACCAGAGCCAGACACCCAUCGUGACCUCCAUCUCCCCCCAGCUUGGUUCUGGGGGCUUGGGCGGUGUCUCUGGAGGGGGUAGCUCCGGGGGUGGAGGUUUGUGGGUGACCUCUCUCCUCGGCGCUACCCUCCUAAUCAUGCUCGCCAUGGGGGUGGCGGGCAACAUCUACACCCUCUUCAUCAUGCGUUCCGCGGCUCUCCGCCGAUCCGGCUCUAUGUACGUCUAUAUACUCAACCUUGCCCUCGCCGACCUCCUCUACCUCUCUACGAUCCCAUUCGUCAUCUGCACCUACUUUGCUCACGAUUGGUUGUUCGGCGAGGCCGGUUGCCGGGUCCUCCUGAGUCUCGAUCUCCUCACCAUGCACGCCAGCGUCUUCGUCCUGGUCGCUAUGUCGUUGGAGCGCUACCGGGCCGUGGCAAAGCCGUUUGACGCCCGGCGAUCCAGCACGCGGGGACGGAAGGUAGUGGCGGCCGUCAUCUGGUUCGCGGCGUUUGUCCUGACACUACCCAUGAUGAUUAUGAUACGGCUGAGGGAAGGGAAGUCGAACGCGGCCGGGAACGUCAAGCGGAUCUGUUACCCGACGUGGACCCACGAGGCCUUCAAGGCCUACCUCACCGUCCUGUUUCUAACCAGCGUCCUCGUACCCGGUUUAGUCAUUGUUGGUCUCUACGCUGGCCUAGCACGUCGCUAUUGGACCGCUCAGGCUAGCUUGGGACGAAGCAGCCGUUCAGCGAGAAGACGAGGCUUAAAACAAAAGGUAGUAACAAUGAUUUUUUGUAUCAUUGUAGCGUACUGGGUGUGUUUCCUGCCUUUCUGGGGGUGGCAGUUGGCACAGUUAUUUUCCCCACAGUCCCUCAGGGCUCUGUCUCCUGCCACUCACAGUUACAUGAAUUUCUUUGUAACGUGUCUGACCUAUGGGAAUAGCUGCAUUAACCCUCUGUUGUACACCCUCCUGACCCGGAACUAUAAGGACUAUCUGGCUCAGAAGGGUCAGAGCACAGGGUCAAGUAGGGGAGACCCGGCAGCCGGAGCACCCCUACAGGAUCUAUAAUCAGAGUAGAGGUGACCUGGGGUCAGCAGCCGGAGCACCCCUACAGGAUCUAUAAUCAGAGUAGAGGUGACCUGGGGUCAGCAGCCGGAGCACCCCUACAGGAUCUGUAAUCAGAGUAGAGGUGACCUGGGGUCAGCAGCCGGAGCACCCCUACAGGAUCUGUAAUCAGAGUAGAGGUGACCUGGGGUCAGCAGCCGGAGCACCCCUACAGGAUCUGUAAUCAGUGUAGAGGUGACCUGGGGUCAGCAGCCGGAGCACCCCUACAGGAUCUGUAAUCAGAGUAGAGGUGACCUGGGGUCAGCAGCCGGAGCACCCCUACAGGAUCUGUAAUCAGAGUAGAGGUGACCUGGGGUCAGCAGCCGGAGCACCCCUACAGGAUCUAUAAUCAGAGUAGAGGUGACCUGGGGUCAGCAGACGGAGCACCCCUACAGGAAAUAUAGGAGAAGAGGGGGGAAGUAUUUUGACGUGACACAAGUAGGAACUAUUAUACUUGACUUAAAUCCUUUUUAUGCUGGGGAGGAUAGGUCAUCCAUGCAGGAACUAUAAAAGAGGGGGAGUUAUUCUGACAAGAGCACUAUUCCCAAAGCAUUUCUGAUACAGCAUUUUUAUCUUUUCACUCUGAGGAGCACCUUGGAUUUGGUGAAAACAUGAGGACAUUUCUUUAUAGCUGUUGGGGCAAGAGCAGCCUCCAAAACAAACAAAUUGUUAUUUGAGUAGUUAGUGCAGCAUAAACUUGACCUAACAACAUGGCUUCCUCUAAACUCAGUAGUUUUUGUAUUUUUACAUCAUCUGAAUAUUAUUGGUAUAUAGUUAUACAGGUGUUGGAUCUUAAUUUGUGCCAGUUUGCUACAGCAGGAAAAUAACCCUGCAGCAACAGGAAAAGUGAAUUAUUAUGUGGAUUAUAAUUAAUGGACGUUUUCUGUAGGGAUUGAUAGAUUUUUCGUAAGGGAAAAUCAAGUCUGGAAUGUCAAAGUGGAAAUGACAAAUUUAAGAAAGUUUUUUUCUAACUCAAAGCCUUGUCAAACCUCAAACCUCUAAUUGUUUAAUUUCACACAUUACAGGAAAGUUGUCCUGCAACAGAGUGAUCAGAUUAAGAUCCUACAUCUGCAGCAAUAGCUGUUUGACAUAUAUUUUGCCAGGGGAUUCCAGUUUGCAUUCAUCAUGUAGGCUGCUGUAUUUCUUCUGACAUAUUGACAUGUCAUUCAAUCAGUCACUGUGUAUUUCUUGUGACAUAUUGACAUGUCAUUCAACCAGUCACUGUGUAUUUCUUGUGACAUAUUGACAUGUCAUUCAACCAGUCACUGUGUAUUUCUUGUGACAUAUUGACAUGUCAUGCAACCAGUCACUGUGUAUUUCUUGUGACAUAUUGACAUGUCAUUCAACCAGUCACUGUGUAUUUCUUGUGACAUAUUGACAUGUCAUUCAACCAGUCACUGUGUAUUUCUUGUGACAUAUUGACAUGUCAUUCAACCAGUCACUGUGUAUUUCUUGUGACAUAUUGACAUGUCAUUCAACCAGUCACUGUGUAUUUCUUGUGACAUAUUGACAUGUCAUUCAACCAGUCACUGUGUAUUUCUUGUGACAUAUUGACAUGUCAUUCAACCAGUCACUGUGUAUUUUGUUUCUUACUUCGACGUUGUUGUCAUAUUGCCAAAAAUGUGUCAAGCUAAUGUUCUUGGUUGGUUUUUCUCAUCUUGUGUUCUUUUAUUACAUGAUUGUUCUAAUAAAGUUUUGACAGAUUGA